AUGUCCGGGUUUGUGAAAAUCGCCAUAGACGAUAUUUAUUCUGACAGCAAUUGGACUACGAUUAUUAACAAGUACUGGAUGCUAGCAGAAAGAGUAUCAGAUCCUCGUGUCCAAGGAUGGUUCCUCUUCGACACUCCGCUGCCUACGCUGGCAAUGGUACUUGUCUACUUGGCGUUCGUGAUGAUAGCCGGACCCCUGUGGAUGGCGAACCGCAAACCGUUCCAAAUAAAGAAUACAUUAGUCGUGUACAACUUUGCGCAAGUGUUACUGUCCUCCUAUAUGUUUUAUGAGCACCUGGCGGCAGGGUGGUGGGGUGACUAUAGCUUGUCGUGCCAACCUGUGGACUACAGCGAAAGUGAUAAAGCGAGGCGGAUGUUAGAUCUCUGUUGGGUGUACUACUUCUCGAAGCUGUCAGAGUUUGCGGACACGAUAUUCUUCGUGCUACGUAAGAAAAAGAGUCAGAUUACCUGGCUGCAUCUGUACCAUCACUCUCUGACGCCGUUCGAGGCUUGGCUCUUAGUGAAGUUCAUUGCUGGCGGCCACGGAACCUUUUCGAAUAUCGUGAACAAUCUGGUGCACAUCAUCAUGUACGGCUACUAUAUGCUCGCAGCAAUGGGACCUCAAUACCAAAAGUAUCUCUGGUGGAAGAAGCACCUCACCACAUUGCAACUAGUCCAAUUCUUCAUGGUGCUGAUCCAUUCGAUCAGUGCAUUGGUAUACGACUGCGGAUAUCCAAAGAUCAUCGCCUCUCUCCUUAUUCUCCACUCUACCAUCUUCAUCGUGUUAUUCAUGAACUUCUACAUGCAAGCCUAUAAAAAGGAAAAACCAAAGAGAACAGUUGACGUCGCCACUAACAACAACAACAACAACGAAACACACCUUAAUGGUAUAGUCAAAAGUGACAAGAACGGUUAUGUAAAAAUUGGUAAUACCAACGGGCAUACUCCUAACGGAGAUUUGAAUGGACAUCUAACAAAUGGGGACUUAAAUAGACAUGCAAGCAAUGGACUGAACGGCUAUUUAAAACACGAAUUAAACGGCCUCAACGGAUUAACAAAAGCUAAUGGUCAUUUGCAAAACGCCACAGAUAAAGAUAAAAUACAAUAG